AUGCGGCCCCAGAGCAUGCGCCGCCUCGCCGAAGGCAGCAGCAGCCAACCCGCUCGUCGCGCCGCGCCCUGGCCCGGCCGCCGCAAGCUCCGCCGCGCGCGCACCCGCGCCCCGGCCGCCGCGAGCGAGCUCGGCCGCGCCCGCGCCCUCCGCCGCUCCCCGGCCGCCGCGAACGAGCUCAGCCCGCGCGCCCGCGCCCCGCCCGCCCGCGCCGCGCCCUCCGCCCCGCCCCGCUCCGCGGGCGCGUCGCUCACCACCAGCCGCCCCGCGCGCGCCCGCCUCGUCGUCGAUCGCCUCGCCCCGAUCGCACCUCGCCUGUCGGUCACCUCUCCCCGCGCGCGCCCGCCUCGCCUGCCGGCACGUGCCCCCGCCUCCCGUGCUCGCCCGUGCCGCGCCGCCGCAGCGCCGGCCCUACCGCGUUUUGCCGAGGAGCCGCUGCUGUUGUAG